UUGGGUAUUAAAGCAACUUUGGGGCAAGCCUUCCUUGAAAUAGCUAUUUCCUUCGUCUCGCCUUAUCUAUCUAUUGCUUUGUACUUGUUUCUCGUAACCCUCUUUUUCUCUCAUAUGCACUUUGCAACAUCCCUAAAUCAGAUCUAUUAUUAACAAGGGAGGAGGCAGCAGCUGGGUGGUGGUGUGGUGAUAUUUUAGCUGGUCGUUUUUGGUGGUUUAUUUGUGGUGGUUUUGACUAUGAGAUCUGGCAGCAGAAGCCGAAGCAGAAGCAGGAGCCCAAUGAAUAUGAGAUCUGGCAGCAGGAGCAGGAGCAGGAGCCCAAUGGAUCGCAAAAUCCGUACACAACGGUUCUCCUACCGUGAUGCACCAUAUAGACGGGAGCCACGUCGGGGUUACAGUCAGAGCAGUCUCAGUCAGAGCGGUCUCUGCAAGAACUGCAAACGUCCUGGCCAUUUUGCUCGGGAAUGCCCCAAUGUUGCCAUAUGCCAUAAUUGUGGUCUUCCGGGGCAUAUUGCCUCGGAGUGCAGCACAAAAUCUCUUUGUUGGAAUUGCCGAGAACCAGGGCAUAUGGCUGGAAACUGUCCAAAUGAAGGUAUCUGCCAUACCUGUGGUAAGGCAGGACAUCGUGCUAGAGACUGCACGGCUCCUCCCCUUCCUCCCGGUGACCUGAAGCUGUGCAAUAACUGUUUCAAGCAAGGCCAUAUUGCAAUGGACUGCACCAAUGACAAGGCGUGCAAAAAUUGUAGGAAGACUGGUCACCUGGCACGUGAUUGUCCAAAUGAUCCUGUGUGCAAUUUAUGUAAUAUAUCCGGUCAUCUGGCUAGAGAUUGCCCCAAGGCUGGUGCUCUUGAAGAAAGGGGUGGUGGAGCUCGUCAUUUUGGUGGAGGUGGAGGUGGAGGUGGAGGAUAUCGGGACAUUGUAUGUCGAAACUGCCAGCAAGUAGGCCAUAUGAGUCGAGAUUGCAUGGGAUUGAUGAUCUGUCACAACUGUGGGGGAAGAGGACAUCUAGCAUAUGAGUGCCCCUCUGGAAGGUUUAUGGACUCUGGAAGAUUUAUGGACCGUGGAGGGUAUAUGGACCGUUUUCCCAGGAGGUACUGAAAGAUAAAAGCCAUGCCAUAUCAAUAGGGUUGACUUGAGAUCACAUCCUGUUCUGCUUAUCUCUUUGAAUUGAGAUUUGACAUUUUUUUUCCAGAAAAUAUCGGAUUUUGAAACUAGUUGCUUUGAGUGUGCGUCUUUACAUCUUUUGAAUGGAUAUGAUGAGACUACUAUUAAGAACAUGCAUUAAUGUGACUAUAGUGAGGUGUUUGCAUUUUA